CUUCCUUCUAAUUAAAGCCAUUGGUAGAAGCCUUUCAUCAGCUCGAAUCUUAGUAUCUUUCCAUCCAUAGUCUGUAAUACUAAUACAAACGCAAACAAAACACUCCUUUCUGUUUUCCAAUUUCCACAAUGGUUUCUUCUCAAUUAACUGCUUUAAUUGAAAACAAGCCAUUCAAAUCCUCCAAGAACUAUUUCCAAUUCCCAAAAAACCCUCCCAAUGAAACAUCAGAUACUCUUGAAUUGGACUUUUCUGAUACAUUUGGUCCUCUCCCACUGCCAGCUGGCAAUUCUGAAAUUCCAAGCGAUGACCCUGUGGUCAUUUACAGCCGUUCACAUUCUUUAGUGGGUCCCACGUCAUGUGUAAGCCACUUGCUGAAUCUAAGGAAGUUAACCAUAUGUGAAACGGAUGAAUCAUUGGAGGAUUUCAGUGAUGUGAUAGAUAAAGAGAUUGAAGAAGAAGAUUCUGAAAAUGGUUGUAAGGUGAAAACCAUAGGGCUUGAAGAUUUUGAAGUCAUGAAAGUUGUGGGGCAAGGGGCUUUUGGUAAAGUGUAUCAAGUAAGAAAGAGAGAUAGUUUGGAAAUAUAUGUAAUGAAAGUUGUGAGAAAAGAUAAGACUGUGGAGAAAAAUCAUGCUGAGUAUAUGAAAGUAGAGAAAGAUAUCUUGACAAAGAUUGAUCAUCCCUUUAUUGUCCAGCUUCGUUACUCUUUCCAGACAAAAUAUCGACUUUACCUCGUUUUGGACUUUGUGAAUGGUGGACAUCUUUUUUUCCAGCUAUAUCAUCAUGGACUGUUUCGAGAGGAUUUGGCACGUAUUUAUGCUGCAGAGAUUGUUUCAGCUGUUUCUCACCUUCAUGCAAAUGGGAUAAUGCAUAGGGAUCUUAAGCCUGAAAAUAUACUACUUGAUGUGGAUGGACAUGUACUUUUUUUUGUUUUCUCUCUCACAAACACACACAGUUCUUUUAUUAAACAUGUGAGUUUAUUUAUUUAGGCAUUGCUUACGGAUUUUGGGCUAGCAAAAGAGUUUGAUGAAAAUGCAAGAUCAAAUUCUUUAUGUGGAACAGUAGAAUACAUGUCACCUGAAAUUAUUCUUGGUAAAGGCCAUGACAAGGCUGCUGAUUG